AUGAGACCACCUAACAUUCCUUUGAUCGCCGUUCUGUCGGUGCUUCUACUGCUCUCUUAUCUUCUGAGCAGUGCAACCGGGCUUGGUCCCCAGCAGCAUCGAGGUGCUCGCAAAGAUGUGCGCGGCAAUAACUUCAUCGAAGCUCGCAAACCUUUGGGUAACGCUCUCGCUGAUGGCUAUGGUCCACCUCCUCCCUAUUAUACUGCGGAACCACUUGCUCCAACUGAUUCGACCUCUCAUCACUCUCCCGAGGAGUCCACUGCAACAGAAACUCAGACAGGAGCUUCCGAAGCUGGUGUGAUAUCCAAGUCAAAUGUUUCUUCUCACUAUGAUACUGUCUCUUCUGGCAGCUCCUCUCUCUUUGUCUCAUCAGCACUCGAGACCGGUACUGCCAUGAUAACGGUCGGCUCAAGCGCCAUGGCUGGCAGUACAUCCGGCUCCGAGGCACUGUCGAAUGCUCACCUAACAGUUUCGGGCUCUUUCCUUGGGACUGAGACUUCUCGUGCUGAAGCUUCCUCAAUUUCACUUGGUCAGGUUUCUACUAUUUCGGGUACUAAUUCUUCGUUGACUGGCACUUAUCCCUCGGCGGGUAUCUCAUCACCCAGGACGGCAACUGAAUUGCCUUCAGGUUCUGCCUCAUCUGCCACAGUCUCUGGCUUCUUUAAUGAAACAAAGACAAUCACUGAGAGUGUCUCUCGCACACAAACAGUGUCAAGUGCUGAAGCUUCAGGUGAGCUCACUACAACAGGGCUUGCUUCUCGCCACGAAAGUAGUGUAACAAAGGUUUGGUCGACAACAACGACAACAAAAAUACUUGAUAUUACAGUGACAGUCGCCCCCAGCUCUUCAAAUGGUAUUUCAUCAAGCCUUUCAUCUUUGACUGUCCCCAUGACUGCAGACGAAACCGCGACAAUCACAGUCAUCCCACAACAGAACUCAUCUGAACUUUCUACUGAGGGUCUUGCUACCGAGGGGCACUCAACAUUGGGAAGUCUGGCCACUGAAUCAACCAAAUCUGUCACAACCCAAAGCAUUCUGACCGAGGUUGCUAUCUCGGAAUCGACCCAAAAGUCGUCUCUGGCUUCGAGCAUUCCUAUCAAUGGAACUGUGAGCUUCACUACUACUACUGCCUACUUCACUACAACAGUUGAAGUUCCUAUCUCAUCUUCUGUUCUGUCAAAUUCAUCUGGCAUUUCAACACCUACUAUUGUUGCUUCUGAUGACUCGUCGGGGGCUGGAACAGGAGACUCGUCAGCGAUCAUGGUAUCUAGUACUGUUACCUUUUCUACCACAGUUACCACGAGCAAGACAUACACUACACUCAACGUCACCUCGCCGGCAACAAGUUCUUCUUUCUCUUCGAUUCCGGCCCCUAUGAUUAGUGCGAGCGUUGGCGUUUCCGAGUCGGAUAUUGGUACAGGCUCUAAUCAAACAUCUUCAGAGACUCUCUUCACAUCAACAGCUCUGCCUAUUAUCAAUGCGACAUCUGACUCAGUCACCGAGUCCUUCGCUGUGACCACUGUGUCUGAGGGCUCGGUUAUUACUAUCUUUCCCGGCGCUAUCAUUCCAACAAGUAGCGCUACAAGUAUGGUGAACAACUCCGUUUCUACACAGUAUUCCACAUCUGCCCCUUCGCGCUUUAACUCGUCAAUGUCCAUUAGACGGACUUCAUUGUCUUCUCAGACAGACUCCUUGUUUGACUGGCCAACUUCGACGCUGACGAGUUCACAUGCUUCGGAAGCUACUCUGGAGGUCCCGUUACUUUCUUUCCCGACCUCUUGGCUUUCGAUCAUUACCACGUCAACUCGAGGCUCAUCUAAUGGUUCGGCACUUGGUAACGUAACGGUGAUCAAGACAACAAUGACUUCUACCAUCACUAGCAGUCUCGCACCAAUAAGCCUGUCCUCGUCUGGCAAUGUCACGGUGGCUCAUACCACUAGUGGGUACAACUUUUCUAAAAGUGUGGGAUCCAGCAAGAGCACAUUCAAUUCUCAGUCGACCUCACUCGACAGCUUUCCUGGUAUCAGUACCGUCAUCAUAUCUGAGCAGCCUACCAACUUCCCUUUUCUAACCAACACAAGCUUGGUUUGGCAGUCAACAAUGUCUCCAAUGUCGCUCUCUGAAUCUGACAAAACUAUCGGCCCCAAAGGCAAUGAUGCUACAUUCUCUAUAACAACAGCUGGGUUCAACAGCACUACUCCUUAUACCAACUCGACUACGAUUAUGGCCAGUGAAACAUACCAUUCAAGUAAUAGGGAUGAGGCGCCGUCCGUAAUUACUGCUGGGACCUCCGGGUCAUGGAACACGACUAGCACCGCUCAGUGGUUCACCAACUCAACUAUCCAAGCAGCAGUUACGGCUACCCGCACUGGCUCUGACUUAGUUUCUGGAACUCAAACUUUGAGCGACACAGCUGCCGUCACUCCUCAACCUCCCACUUCGCUAAACGUUACACUCACCACUAUAUCAGGCAGUAUCUACACUAAAACGUUCACAGAUGUGACAAUUACUAUCAUUACGCCGACUUUCUCGACGACAUCUGAGAGUAAUUCACUCCCAACAGUAUUGACCAGCAAGGCACCUUUUCCUCUUCCAUCAAACACCACAUUGACGGGAACCGGGGCUUCCCUUCCACCAAGUGGUACAGGGCCUCGUUUCACCAUUACCGGAAACUUGGGAGACUUUUCGACAUCCAGUGUGACCAUUACACCAUCGAUCAGGACAACCUACCGCACUGUAAACACCACAGUGGCUGGCACCACGACUGAUACUUCGGCGUCUGCUUCGGACACAAAUGAACCACUCUUCCCAGUCUCCAACUCAACUAAUCUGGGCACCAUCAGUCUCUCGACAAUCGCUUCAUGGAGGCCAGAUCCCGAGCCAUGGACGACCUGGCCAACAUUGAGCCUCACGAAUGAGCCAGGUUCCUCGACGUGGAGUGUAAACAGCGAGAUUUCAGAGUCGACGUCAUACACUCGAACUACAACCCGGUCUUUGACUUCUACUUUGGCGGAACCAAGGAUGUCCCACUCUUCUGUUCACAACCUCAGCAGUGCAACCUCGGGGUCAACUUCUUAUACUCCUACCACGACUUUGACCCUCACAACCACCUUGGAAGAGUCCAGCACUUCCCCGUCCACCAUUGACAACAGGAGUAGUGCAACCUCAGAGUCCAUUUCAUAUACUCGUACAACAACCGUGUUCCGCACUACGACUUUGGGAGGGCCAGGCGCGUCCCCGUCUGCCCUUAACAGCUCAAGUGAUGAUGCUUCGUUGUCAACCUCAUACACUCGUACUACGACAUUGACUCUUACAACUACUUUGGCGGAACCCCCAACAUCUCAAGUAUCUGGGGCUGCAGUUAAAAAUUCAUCUGUUUCCACAUGGACUAACGUAACCUCCGGGGUCACUGACUUCACGAGCACAGAGACUAUCUCAUUGGCCACCGUUACAUCGUCGCUCUCAGGAACACUGACGACUUUCUUGACAACUGGUAGCGCAAAGGGGGUAUCGACCAGCCUUGAGAGUUCCGCCUUGGCACCAAUCCCUGUGGGUACCUCAACUCUAUCACAGGCUUCUGGAAGAACAUCUUCGGGGAUUGAUACUUUGAUUGAUACUUUGACGGGCACACACUUCUUGACUGGCUCGGCGGGAACAGCUACCCCAUGUGAAUCUACAUCUACUAGCUCAUCGACCUGCACGGAUUCAGUGCACGACGCCCCGACCCAUACAGCGAUUCCAGCUAGCACCGAUUGCUUGACUGCAGCGAAUGGACCAGUCUCAUCAUUGUCGUACGUGUCGGCACCAACAGCCACUGAAGAUGUCUCAUCGACCUACAACACAACAAGCAGCAUGGUGCAUUGGUUGAACAUGACUCUCACAUUUGGUGUAAAAGAUACAGAAACAAGCACCUGCCAGCCGCUUACAACGUUGCGGACAGUCACAAAAGCGCAGACUGAAGAAUCAGGCUCGGCUGGGGAUGAUUAUCCCACGCCAACAGGCAGGGUCCCUGAGGAUCCCAACUUUCCAUGGGGCAAUGACUCCCCAAUUCAUCGUCAUCAGAACUCGUCUGAGCUUGGCCCUGGCGAAAGUGACGGCGAUGGCGAUGGAGGUCUGAGCAAGAGAAUCAACUGGCGCCUGCGGUGGGAGAAUGUCAGAGACAAACUGGAAGGUCUCUGGCAUGGACAGGCUUUGAAGUCUGAAGACUAAGUCUCAGGAGGAAGAAGGCACGAUUUGGAUUGUGUUUGUAAAACAUUCCCUGAUUAUGAAGCAUGGCAUAUCGGGGGUUCAUUUCUUUCUACGGACAUGUUGGUUUUCUAUUCUAAUUCAGCCCUGUUUGUUGGCUUCGAUUUCGGUUUCGGUAUUUCGGGCAACUUUAAGGUCCGGUCAGGGAUCACAGUGGUCAGACCAGGCCAGGGCAGGGGGCCUUGGUUUAUUACGAGACUUGCUGUGAGUUGUUUGAAAACACAGACGUUACGGAUGUGUGUACAAGACUUACAUAGUUCAUGCUAUUAACCAUGUCGAGAUUAUAAUAAGUAUCGUUUUCCUUUGACG